CUCGGGCUACAAAUACCGGCCCCUCUUCUCCGUUCUCCCACCUCCAGAACUAGCAGUGCACAGCACAGAUAAGAAAGAGAAGCGAGUUAAGAACAGAGUAGGACUUUGGAAACGAACAGGUCGGGUAGAAUUUUAAGAUGAGCCGUGUGUGGGUGGCAGCGACGGUGGCCGCCGUGCGGGCGCAGAGGGAGAGGGCGGCGGGUGCGGGGUCGCGGGACCGGCUUGCCGGGCUCGCCCCCCAGGCCGCCGCGCUCGGGGCGGCGCGGGCGGCCGCCGACGACGGCCGGAGGCAGGCCGGCGCCGACGAGUCGCUCCGCAAGGCCAUGUACCUCAGCUGCUGGGGCCCGAGCUGAUCACGACGCCGCGCCGGCCCUCGCGGGGACGGGAUAGAGCGACCUGUGGAUCUUGUGGGGCCUCGAUGGGCUUGAGCUUGGGCCGGGCGCACUUGGGUAGCAGCAAUCAUGUCUCGUCACAGUAUGUUUCUGGUUGGAAGGGGGAACAAACAUGUGCAAACCUUUGGAAAUUGAGGAUAGUGGAGUGGAUGUACUGUACAUACAAAUGCUAGUACUUCCUGUACAUAUUUCAUGCAAUUAAUUGGAAAACGGGAUGGUUUCAGCUUA